AUUAUUUAUACCAUGACUAUUGAUGUUUAUACAUUCCCUCCUUCACUUUGGGCGGCUGUACCUAGAUUGAUUAUUGAAGAAAAAGGUAUUCAACAAGACGUACGAUAUAUCAAUGUUGAUUUAUCCAAAGCAGAGAAUUUUUCACCUGAAUUCCUCGAACUCAAUCCUCAACAUACUAUUCCUGUCCUUGUGGAUCAUGAUACCAAGAUCAAAGAAACGGAUUCAACAGUAGUGGCGAAAUAUUUGGAUGAUAAGACAGGAGGGACUUUGACACCUUUGGAUGCUUUGCAAAGACAAGAGAUGCAAGAUGUCAUCACACUGUUACAUGGGGCUCAUGAUGUAGGAAAUCCUUUGUUUUUCACAGCAGGAUCAGAUAGGGACAGUGAUGCGAAACGCGAGAUGGUCGUGCCAUUUUUGAAGAAGCGGAUUGGAGGUUGGCAACAUUAUGCAGCGAUUGAUCAAGCACGGGAAGCAUUUUACAAGCAGCAGAUUACUACAACCGAACAAUUGAUGGAAGCGUAUGACUAUCAGCAUCAUCGACAAGCCGCUGAUCAAAUGUACAAACAACAUCAACAAUUAUGGCAACUUGGCCUGAACCUUUUGGACAAGUUGGAGAACAAACUCAAGGAUGGUAGGUUGUUCUUGGUGGGACAAACUUAUACUUUGGCUGAUGUACAUGCCACACCAGUGUUGGCUCGCUUGGCUUUGAUCAAAGGUGACGCGAUGGUGUUUGGAGGUCGUGAUUAUUUGACUGCUUAUUAUCAACGCAUCAAGGCUAAACCCAAUUUCAAGACAAUUUAAUGACGAUG